GUGAUGUGAUGUGUCUUUUCUUAACUGGAAUUAAAAUAGCUACUUUAUUUCUUUAGUAUUAGAAGUAAAGUUCGCGAAAGAUUAAAAACGUCUAAUAAUUUUUUUGAAAAAUAAAGUUUUUGUAACUUGAGUGUUUUAUUGUUACCAUUAAAUAGAGUGAAAUUGCAAAUAUAAUAGUUACACAAGAAUCAAGUGUUGGAAUUGUGUUCUAUAGUUACGCUAUGGAGUCCGAGUCCGAACAUCAACCGAAACUCAGCCCUAUAAGGGCUUUUAGACUACUGCAUAGUGGUAACAUGGAUCCAGAUGAAAAUUAUACAAGCCUUUCUGAAUACCAUGACUAUGAACCUUGCUUGGAAUUUGAUGAUUCAGAAUUAGUUCAAAAUACUGGUUUAGCGCCAUUGCCGCCGGAAUUAUUAGAUAUACCAGAUGAUUUUAUAGAUGAAACACCAAGUGAUGGAACCAUUGAGGAGAACUUUGAAAAAGAACUUGGUAGUCCUAAAGUUUAUGCAGAGAUUGCAACAACUAGCCAGGAGUAUGACUACUUUGCGGAACUUGCUAGAAAUGGUGCAAUUGAUGUAGUAGGGGAUGAUGAAGUUGGGCGGCGCAUUAUCGUUAUAUCUGCGUGCAAACUUCCCGCCAGCAAAGAUUUGCACCCGGACAAACUGCUAAGAUAUUUGAUGUGCACAUUGGACAAAUACGUGGAACAAGAUUACAGCGUGGUAUACUUUCAUCACGGUCUUACGAGCCAAAACAAGCCUCCUUUGUCUUGGCUGUGGAAAGCUUAUAGAGCCUUUGAUAGAAAAUAUAAAAAGAAUCUCAAAGCUCUAUAUUUAGUUCACCCAACAAACUUUAUUCGUAUUGUAUGGCAAAUGUUGCGGCCCGCCAUCAGCGUCAAAUUUGGACGGAAAAUGAUGUACGUGAAUUCGUUGCAAGAGCUCCAACAACACUUAGGUUUAGAGAAAAUACCCAUACCAGAACAAGUUUUGGAGUACGACAAGAUGUUGGCAAGCAAAAAUCAACGUGGCGGGCGUCGCAAAGAAAAGGAUGGUGGCACAACAUCUGGAGAUGAAGGACAGAUAGUGUCAAAGACAGGAAAGUGCGGUUUGUCCCCACCUGCUACACAGCAGUUUGGGGUAUCUCUACAAUUUAUAAAAGAAAAUAAUCCUGAUAUGGUGGAGUCGAUCCCUCCUGUCGUACGACAGUGUGUAGAGUUUCUGUCCCGACCAGAUGCACUUGAAACCGAGGGAUUGUUUCGGCGAUCUGCCAAUGUGACCGUGAUAAAGGAGUUACUGAGGGCCUGCAACAGGGGUGAACCUCUAACAUUUGACGGAGAACCACAUAAUGCUGCAGUCUUGUUGAAAACUUUCCUUCGAGACCUUGAGGAACCACUAAUGACAUUUGAGCUAUAUGAUGAGAUAAUCAAAUUUCAAACCUGGUCUCAUCAGGAAAAGUCACGGCAAGUGAAGUUUAUGAUCCGAGAGAUGCUACCUCUCGAUAACUACAAGUUACUGAAAUAUAUAAUUCAGUUUUUGUGGAAGGUGCAAGACAGGAGUUGUCUUAAUAAAAUGACCAGCAACAACCUGGCUGUAGUCUUCGGCCCCAAUCUGGUAUGGCCUCCAACAGGGCAAAUGACACUGCAAGCAAUUGCUCCGAUUAAUGCCUUAGCAGACUAUAUAUUGGAGAACCAGGAGACAAUUUUCAUCAUCUAAUUCCUUUCAAUUUAACCCAACGAAUCUGUUUUACCUUUACUUCGAAUUAUAGUGUUAAGAAUAUGUUACAAAUAUAUGUUAACUGCCUUAAGGCAAUAUUUUCUCCGUAAAUUUAAAUAUCUCAAGUGUCAAAUAUGAUACCUAAAUGCCAAAUGUAAUUGUACCCUUAACUUAAAUGACAUCUUGAUGAUUUUGUGUAUUAAUAUUUAUGUUAUCCUUCUAGUCCAAAGUUACAUUUGAUGUUAGUAGAAAUAUUUUAAGUGAAAUAUUAUUGAUGUUAAUUUAAUAUAAAUAAUUUUAUUACAUGUAGGAGACAUAUAUUGUCUAUUUUAGUAAAUAAUGGUAUGUAUUCUAACAUCGUAGAUGCUCCCAAUGUACCUGCAAUCAACAAAGUGACCUGGCACUUGUCGAUCAAAUCUAACAUCUUGGUAUUUAAAAAAUGUGGUUAUUUUGCAUGAGAUAAUAUGUUAGGGAUACAAUCCUCAUAUUGCACAAAUUUAGAAAAUAUCACAUUUGUACAAAGGACGCCAUUAGUAUACAUCUUUUAAGCUAGUAUCAUCAAGGAAUUCUAUUCUCUUUUGAUAAACAAGAAUGGGA